AUGGUGAAGGAAUCGAAGAAGAACAAAUAUCAAGAAUUGAGGAAGGCAUAUCAACAGAUUGCCAUGGAGGAAUCGAAACUGUCAUAUGUACUUCUCCCAGCAUUGUUUGCCUUACCCAAAAGUGACAUUUCCGGGAUUUGUUUGACUUGGGGUCUCAUUGUUAUGGUCAUGAUUUACUCAGUCGGUCACAUUUCCGGUGCACACUUUAACCCUGCGGUUACCAUCAGCUUCGCCGUUUUCCGGCGGUUUCCCUGGUCUCAGGUACCAUCGUAUAUAUGUGCACAACUUGCGGGAUCGUUACUAGCAAGUUUGACACUGAAAAUAAUGUUCAAAAUCACACCCGAAGCUUACUUCGGAACAAUUCCGACUGAUUCGUACGCACGAGCACUUGUCGCAGAGAUCAUUAUCUCAUUCCUCCUCAUGUUUGUUAUCUCUGGUGUUGCCACUGAUAAUCGAGCGAUUGGAGAGUUAGCAGGAAUUGCGGUUGGGAUGACUAUAGUGUUAAACGUCUUUGUAGCUGGACCUAUUUCGGGAGCAUCAAUGAAUCCAGCAAGAAGUCUAGAACCAGCGAUAGUGAUGGGAAAAUAUAAAGGAAUUUGGGUUUACAUGGUUGGUCCUAUCAUCGGAAUUAUGGCCUGA